UCAGAAAGGUGUGUCAAUAAACACUUGUCAUUGUCCAUACGAGAUAACAAACUAUAUAAAAGAGCCAUGAUGUCUGAGGUGCUGAGUACAGCGGAACGAUUUCUCAUUGCUGAAUUACUGCAUCUUAUCGGGAAUUAUUUGUCUUGCAGAAUCAUCAUGGUGAAGUACACAGUGAAAGUGUUUACUGGAAAAAUGCUGCUUGCCGGCACAUUGAACAGUGUUUACGUCAAACUGGUCGGCAGAAAGGGAGAAAGUAAACGCGUGUACAUCCCUAAAACCGGCAGCCAAGGAUCGAUGAUUGAGCACAAUGUGUCCUGUCCCUCCUCCCUGGGCCAUCUGGAGUUUGUAGUGCUGGACACAGAGCCGUAUGCCCUGUUCGCCUACAUCAAUGAUGACUGGUUCUGCUCUAAAGUAGUGGUGACCACACCAGAGGGAGACACGGCCAGCUUCCCCUGUUACCGCUGGAUCUCAGGCUAUGAGCGUCUGGUGUUCAGAGAGGCCACUGGAAAGCUGAUAUUCAAUGAGACCUGCCCAGAGGCCAUAGAGGAGAGAAAGAAGGAGCUGCAGAGUCGCCAUGAGGUGUACUGCUGGAGUAUAUAUGCAGAGGGUCUACCCCAAAUCAUGAAAGUUGACAGCGCUUCUGAUCUCCCUGAUGAGGUCCGCUUCUCUUUCACCAAGGAGUUGGAGUUCAAGUUCACAGCAGCCAAAGCAUUGGUGGAGUUGAAUCUAGCAGGACUGUCCACAAACAAGGAACAAUGGAAGAGCCUAGAUGAACUCAGUCAUGUCUUCAAUAGCCACAAGACUGAUGUUUAUGAAUAUGUCGAAAAGAACUGGAAGGAGGAUGAGUUUUUUGGGUACCAGCUUCUGAACGGCCUCAACCCCAUGAUGAUCCAUCGCUGCUCCAAGCUUCCAGAGAACUUCCCCGUCACAGAAGACAUGGUGAAGGCUUCCCUUUUCGGAAAAAGCCUUGUUGCGGAAGUUCAGAAAGGCAACAUCUUCCUGGUUGACUACAAGCGUCUACAUGGAGUGACUGCAAACGUGAUCAACGGGAAACAGCACUUCUUGGCUGCUCCUCUCUGCUUGCUCUACAUGACAGACAAUAAGCUCAUGCCCAUCGCAAUCCAGCUGAAGCAGGAGCCUGGAGAAGACAACCCCAUCUUCCUUCCUACUGACUCUGAGUAUGACUGGCUUCUGGCCAAGAUCUUUGUGAGGAGCGCUGACUUCGCUGAACACGAGCUGAACUUUCACCUGCUGAGGACUCACCUGCUGGCUGAGGUGUUCGCCGUGUCGACACUGCGUAACCUACCAAUGGUGCAUCCCAUCUACAAGCUCCUGAUCCCUCACUUCCGCUACACUCUGCAGAUCAACACUCUAGCGAGACAGGCCCUCAUAUCAGAGAAUGGGCUGUUCACAGAGAAUGCCAGUGUCGGAGGUCCAGGGAUGGUGGAGUUCCUGAAGAAAGCGAUGGCCUCAUUGACCUACAGCUCCCUCUGUAUGCCGGAGGACAUCACAGCACGUGGUCUGGAGUCAAUCCCCAACUUCUUCUACAGGGAAGAUGGACUCAGGCUGUGGGACAUUGUCCACAGGUUUGUUCAGAAAAUGAUUGGUCACUACUACACCUGUGACUCAGACGUCCAGAAGGACUCUGAACUGCAGAACUGGAUCAAGGAGAUCUUCUUCCAUGGGUUCCUGGCAGAAACCAGCACAGGAAUCCCUCAGUCUUUCAGUUUGAUGACAGAGCUGGUCAAGUUUCUCACCAUGGUAAUCUUCACAGUGUCUGUCCAACAUGCUGCAGUCAACAAUGGACAGUUUGAUUUUGGGGGCUGGAUGCCCAACUUCCCCAUCAGUCUGCAACAACCACCUCCCACCACUAAGGGGCAGUGUACUGAGAGCACCAUGCUGAAGACCUUCCCUGACAUCAAUACCACCGUUAAUGGCAUGGCAGCGGUGUACCUUCUGAGCAGGCAGUCCACUGACUUUGUCGCUCUUGGAAAUGGCUAUCAGGAUCACUUCAGCGAGAAGACCCCUCUGGAACUGAUUCACAAAACUCAAAAUGUGCUGAAGAAAUACAACUUUGAAAUCCAAGGCAGGAAUGUCUCUUUGCCCCUGUCAUAUACCUACCUGAAUCCCAACAAUGUGGAGAACAGUGUGGCCCUGUAAAAUGAGUCGGUCGUAUUUAUUAGGCACCAAAUGGAGGAAAUGCACAGAUGCAGGGAGAGACUACCUUGUUUUCUGUUGAAACCUGUUUUAAACCAUGUAUCUUAUGGUGUGCCCUAAUCAUUAUGACCCAGGCACUUUACUCUAUUGCGGUUCAGUCCACUUUUUCUUUUUUAAUAGCCACAUGCAGCCAAGAUGAGAAGUGAAAUGUUUCUACUUCUGUGUUGUUGUGAAUUCCACUAGCUGAUUCCUUUUAUCUAAGUAUACCCUUGUAUAACUGAAUGUACCUCAAGUCCCUUCCUGUUAUUGGCAAAAACCUAACCUUUUAUGCAAAACGGGAAUCUACUGUAUUUGCUUCACCUGGACUCAGUAUGUGGCCUUCCAUUUUCCAGCUAACCACACCAGUAGGUGUGUUGUAUGGUUUCCAUAGAGACAGGUGAACUUAUUUCAGCUACCUGCCUCCCUCUAAAAAGGGAGAGUUGAGAAAAACUACCAAAUGGACAACACCUACAGACCUCACUUC